CGGCGGGCAAUGCAGUGUCGGGGUGCGGGGACCGCGGAAGGGGGUGUGUGUGAGCCGGUGGAGCCGGGGCGGGGGAAGAGCGGCCGGGAAGCAGGUAGGGGCCCCCGGCGGUCCGGGUGGGCAGCGCGGAGCCGCAGCUCCGGGUACCCGGAGGCCAAGCCUGGCUGAGCGCUGGGCCGGCGCAGUCCCGCCCGCCUGGGCCUGCUUACAGGUGGCUGAGCAGGGCGAGCCGGGCCGGCGCCCGCGCCCGCCCUGAGCUGGCGUCUUCCCCCACCCCUCGCCCCCCAUCUCCGAUCCCGAAUCCCGGAGCUCGCUGGAUCAAUGACUCUCUCCAGCCCCCCGUCGUGGGAACUUAGUGCCGGAGACCCCCAGCAACCCCCAGGCCCUUUAAAAAGCGGGGCGGAGUGGGGGAGGCCGAGGGGUGGGGGUUGUCUGGGCAGGGACCCGGGAGCCGCCGGAGGGAGAGAUUUAACCCUCACAUCCCUGCAGCCUCCCCCGGCCUCCGGCUGGAUUUGGGGCGUCCUCGGCGGCGCUAGGGCCGCUGCUGGGCCGGAGCGGGUGGGGCGCGUGAGUGUGGGCGGGUGUGUGUGCAUGUGGGAGCCGGAGACCCUCUCCCGCGCAGGGUCGCCGGUUCCGGGGGUGAAAUCCAAGCCCCGGCUGGAUAAAGUGUUAGGGCUGCCGCGACUCCCGUCGCCCAUCCGUGACGCAUUUCAACUUGAGCUUCUGGAUGUUGAUUUCACUCCUGAAUCAGAAACUCCCGGGCCCCUCGCGGCCCCCAGGCCGCCUGAGGCCGAGAUCCCCCGCGAGGUGAUCGAGCGGCUGGCGCACAGUCAGAUCCACAGCAUCCGGGACCUCCAGCGACUCCUGGAGAUAGACUCCGUAGGGGCCGAGGAUGCUCUGGAAAGCAGCCUGAGGGCCCACGGGGGCCGCACCCCCAAGCACACGCCCGAGAAGCGGCCUGUGCCCGUGCGGAGGAAGAGAAGCAUCGAGGAAGCCGUCCCCGCUGUCUGCAAGACCAGGACGGUCAUUUAUGAGAUACCUCGGAGCCAGGUGGACCCCACGUCCGCCAACUUCCUGAUCUGGCCCCCGUGCGUGGAGGUGAAACGCUGCACCGGCUGCUGCAACACCAGCAGCGUCAAGUGCCAGCCGUCCCGCGUGCACCACCGCAGCGUCAAGGUGGCCAAGGUGGAGUACAUCAGGAAGAAGCCAAAGUUAAAAGAAGUGCAGGUGCGGCUGGAGGAGCACCUGGAGUGCACCUGCACGCCCACCGGCCCGAGCCCCGACUUCCGCGAGGAGGAGACAGGUGAGCUGCGCGCCCUCCCUCUCUUCCCCGUGUCCCGGGCCGGCGCCUGGCUGCUGGGGCUGUGAUGUGAGGUGAGGAUAAGCUAGCGGCCCUUUCCCGGGACACGGAUGUACAUGGCGUGUUACAUUCCUGAACCUACUAUGUACGGUGCUUACUGCCGGCGUGCGGUCUUUGUUCUCCUCCGUGAAAAACUGUCUCCGCGCGCACCCUGGAGAACAAAGAGACAGUGUACGUCUGUUUAACGUGACAUCAAAGCGAGUAUUGUGGCGCUGGGUGAGCCGCUCAGAGCUUCCUUGUCCAAAACAGCGCACAGAGCCCAGCGGCUCCGACACGCUUCCCCCGCGGGGAUGGAGGGCGCCUGCGGACGGCAGCGACGGACGCCACGCGGAUGGACUUCUGUCCGGGGUCACAGGUGCUUUGCCAAGGACACGGGUGGACCUGCUCUUGGCGGAGGACAGGCCGGCGCCGCGGCUGCCGGGGCACAGGAGCCUCUCGGGGCCGCCGCGGCCGUAGGAGCCGCAUCUCCUUCUGUAGUGUUUAAGUCUAUCCCGAACCUUCCUGAGAGCCUUAAGUGGGUUUUUUUUACACCAUAAAGUGAUUAUUAAGCUUUCCUUUUUACUCUUUGCCUAGCUUUUUUUUUUUUUUUUUAAAUUAUCUCUUGGAUGACAUUGACACCGGUAACACCAGGCUGCUGUAACCGCCGGGACAGCGAGACGGUACCUUUCCCAGCAGGAUGCGAGCGAAUGCGAUGUAUUAAAUAAACAUGGUAUACCCGCCUACAAGCAUUUCCUAGAUGUUUCUGGCUGCACGUGCUUCCCCUGGCCCCACCUCGUUUUGCUUUUUAAUUUAAGCCACAUUGAGAGAACCAUGCGUGAACCAAUCAGCCGCUGCCCGCCGCCCGUCCCCAGCGCUCCCCGCUCCUGCCGGGCGUGGCCGGGGAGGCGGCUCCCCGCUGCCCGUGUCAGGACACAACCCAAAUUCUUUAUUUUUGGUAAGAUGUUACGCUUCCGUGUACUCAAGAGAAACGUGUGUGUGUUGCUUUUCGUUUUUGUUUUGUAAAGGUGACGUUUGUAUUUUUAUCUAAUAUUACCAGUUUUAUAUACCUGA